AUGCAGCUCAACAACAGCACUGUGUUACUGAAUUCCACUUCCAACCUGUAUCCCUCCAACUUGACUCCUUUCAAGUUAGCUGCUGUAGUGAUCUUGGGACUCUGCUUUUUAGUGGGCACACCUAGUAACGCCGCUGUCAUCGGGAUAAUCGCUCGGAACUUAAAAAAUGAACGGUUUGACUUCUUCUCGAAGCUUGUGUUUAACCUGGCUGUGUCGGGCAUCAUAUCCCUGCUGAUGAUUCCAAUCGGAAUUUAUGCUCUACUCUACGGCUGGAAGCUGGGUGUCUGGACAUGUAAGAUCCUUUUCUUUGUGGGUUACUGUAGUAUGUACGCCAAUGUGCUGAUAGUCACUCUCAUAGGCAUACAGCGCUACAAAGUCUUGUCAUCAAAGAUUGCCAACAGAAAGGCUCUGGAGAGACUGCAAAGCAGAAGUAAGAAUUUGCUUUUGAUUGGCCUCUGGUCUCUUUCUGGUGUAUUUGCGUCUCCUGUUAUCUUUAUGCAAAGCACUGUUAACAAGGAUAAGUUUCUCAAGUGCCAGAGAAGCGUGGAGUGGGGCAGCAUAAAAAUUCUUAUUCUUCUUCUUGAGGUCCUGUUUGGAUUCAUAAUACCGUUCUCCAUUCUUCUGCUGUCUUGCCUCUGUCUGCACAAGCGGGUACCGCAAACAGAAGAAAAGCAGAGGAGGAUGAGACUUGUGGUCAGUGUUGUCGUGACUUUUGCAGUUUGCUGGUUACCUUAUUAUGUCAUUAACGUUAUAGACAUCAUUGCAACUAUAACUGAAACGACAUCUCCAGACACAUACGUUCGGCUGAAAACGUUUAGGAGAGCGACUGGAGAUUUGGGCAAGACUUUGAUUUUGAUUAACUGCUGUUUGAACCCCUUUCUUUAUGCUUCACUCUACCUGAGGAAAUCAAAACCCAGAAACCAGUCACAACCUCAGAAUCUGAUAGAAUCAAUCAGGUCACAUUGUUGUUGUGUAUCUUAA